AGGGGCUCUCACGUUGACACCUCAAAGAUGGAGGAAGUGAAGCUAUUGGGAGCAUGGGCAAGUCCAUUUAGCUGCAGAGUCAUAUGGGCUCUGAAACUAAAGGGCAUACCUUACCAAUAUGUAGAAGAAGAUCUUUCCAACAAAAGUCCUCUGCUUCUACAGUACAACCCAGUUCACAAGAAGAUCCCAGUGUUUGUCCAUGGUGGAAAACCAAUUUGUGAGUCUAUGGUUAUCCUUGAAUACAUAGAAGAGACAUGGCCACAAAACCCCUUGCUGCCAAACAACCCAUACGAUAGGGCUAGCGCUCGAUUUUGGGCUAAAUUUGUUGAAGAUAAGGGUAUUAUAAUUUGGACAAUGUUUCGAACCUCCGGGGAAGAACAUGAAAAGGCCAGGCAGGGUAUCUUGGAAAUGCUGAGAACCAUAGAAGAACAUGCCCUUGGCGACAAGAAGCUCUUCGGUGGAGAGAGUGUUGGAAUGGUGGACAUAGCCUUGGGAUGGAUUGCUUACUGGUUGGAAGUCAUAGAAGAGAUAGUAGGUGUGAAGUUGCUAGAAGCAGAGUCAUUCCCUCGCUUGCAUUCGUGGAUAAAAAAUUUCAAGGAAGUGUCUGAGAUCAAAGAAAACCUUCCUGAUCGUGACAAGAUGUUUGUGUUUUUCAAGCAUCUGAGGGAGUUUUUACUGUCAUACUGACAUCCCUAUGAAAGAAAAACUUCCUACUUGCAACAAGAUGUUCGUAUUGGUGUGAUGUUGGUUUUUGGUCUAUGUUAAUUUAUCUGUUUGGUCAAAGGCCUAUGUUUCAGUUUGGUGAAGGGCUGUAGUGCUCGGUGCCUAGUGGGUGUAUUGUCUUGGGACUAUUAAGCACAUAAUAUCUAAAGGAUAGUUAAUUGCGUUUUUAAAAA